GAUCACGUAUGUGACAUGGCGUCCGGGUAGAAAGAAAGUUGACUGUUAAAUAAGCGUUAAUGUUGUUUUUAUGACAUUGACCAACCGAAAAGGGAACAUCCGAGGCCGCGAAUUUCCCACAGACACCGGCAUUGAUGGUAAUGCAUGCGAGGAAACCACAAAGGAUCAGCGAUGGGUACUUCGAAAAGCACCAGGCCCAUCCCUAUCAGAACGCAAAGUAUAGUAGUUCUAAGGGUGGCUACUCCUCAUCAACAACAUCAUCAGAUAAUCGUUACGAAGGACGUAUGCGAGAUUCCCCAAAUGGCAACUCUUAUAGUCCAGCUGGGGGCUUGGGUAUGGGCAUGGGAACAGAUAGAGAUAGUCCUCGCAGUUACACAUCCAAGCCCCUAUACAAGAAGGAGAGAGAAAACAGAGACUACAAGUUAUCCUCCUCUAGGGACAAGUAUUCAGAUUGUGCACGAUCCCCAAAAGACAAGAGAAGCCGUGAGAGCAGAGAUUCAGAACACAGGACCAACCAUGAUAGGAGUAGUGGAGAAAUUUUACAUCCUAUAAAAUUAUCGUCAAAUUCAUCAAGAGAAUCUUCAUCUCAGAGAAAACCAUCACACAAUUCCUGUCAGGACAAACGUGGUGAUGAGCGAGGAGGUGCAAUGGAACGUUCGGCCAGGUUUGGUGAUUGGUCAGAACACAUGAGCUCUUCAGGCAAGAAGUAUUAUUACAACUGUAAAACAGAAGUUUCUCAAUGGGAAAAACCACGGGAAUGGAUUAGUCGAACAGAAAAUCGACAACGUCAGUCCAAUGAUUAUUCUUCUAGGUCAAGUCACGAUAAACAUUCCAACUCGCGGUCAAAUAGCAGUAGCAGUGUGCGAGAUGGUAAAUCGCGUCAAUCUGACAAACGAGAAUAUUGGAGUUCAUGCAGUGGAAGUGGUGGUGGUAGUAGUAGAGAAGAUGUUUCGAUUAGAGAAAGAGAAAGAGAAAAAGAACGAGAAAGAGAGCGAGAACGCGAAAGGGAUCGGGAAUCAUGUAGAGAAGAAACUGGAGUAGAGCGUCAAGCACAGGAUAUGGAUAUUUCUCCAGGUGAUUCCACCCCAACUUCCGAACCUCUAACAUCUUGUACUCACGAUCCACUGCCUCAAGGUCCUGUUUUGUUGGCUACUGCAUUACCUCGGUUAACAUCACAUCCACCAUCUACACCACAAACACCUGGAAAACUUAGUUCACCAACGCAACAAGGUAACAGUAAUGCUCCAGGACCACCAGUUUCACUAGCAAAUCUUCCGAGACUUUUAUCCCAAAUCACAGGCAAUAAAGAUCAACCUGAUAUUACACCACAAAAAGCAUUACAAACACUUCAAACAGCCGCCAUUCUAUUAUCUAGACAACAAUCGACUAGUGGAGAACGAAAUAAUAGUGGAAAUGAUGUAAUGGUCCCAUUAAAAGUUGACACAAGCGGUAACGUUACAAGUGAGGGACCACCUACUCCAACACAUUCAGAAACCCAGGAUUGCAUCGAUGCUCGAAAAUUAACAAGUCCUGGAAGUACGAAUUCUGGAGUACAAGGUUUAAGCUCAUUGCAAAAUCUUAGUACAUUAGGUUCCCUUGGAAAUUUAAAUAAUACAGGUUUACAAGCAUUAGCUAGAGUACAGCCUCCUUUAACUCCUUCCUUAACACCAUCACUUGCUAAUCACUAUCGGGAAGAUUUAACGCAACAUGUGCGUGCCUUUCCUGCUGAUAUUCUUGAAAAACAGGCACAGAAACUUAGUGAAGAAGCACAUACAAUGGGAAGUUUACAGUGUACAAGAGUAUCAGCAGAAUUAAAAACGGCACGAUCGAUAGUGAGGCUGACAGAAAUUCAAGCAACGUUACAGGAACAAAGGAUAUUAUUUCUCCGUCAACAAAUUCAAACAUUGGAGGAGCUAAAAUCCCAAAAUUCCUUCAUGUCUGACGAUUCUUAGUGUAAGAAACUUUAUAAAGUAAUUAUAAUUACAAUCUAUAAUUAAUUCAUGCAAAAAAUAAAACAUAAUUAUUAAUAUUCUCAUUAAUAUUGAAUAAUUAAGAUUGUACCUAAAUUAUAAUAUUAUGAUAGAAGUGAUAAAAAUAGUAAUGAAUAUGGGCUGCCUAGAGAGGAUUGGCUAUUCCGUUUAUCAGCUAACGAGUCUUAUUACAAUUGAUUAAGAAACCCACCUCUCUAGGAAGCACAGAAGGCCUAUCCACACGCAAACACAACACACUAAGUAAAUAGAAAAUGAAUCUAUUCUAUCAGUUCAUUGCAAACUAUUGAAUUGUCCACAUCGUCUUGUAUUACCUAUGUUAUACGUGUCAAUGUUUCAUAUCCCAAGAUUAAGCGGCAUUUUAACUAGUUGAAACAUUUUUGUUGUAAAUCUCGGAAUAAAAUUCGUGCCAGAAGUUUUAAUUCAAUUCUUUAUCGCCAUUAUCUUACCUAAUUCCCACAUAUUUGGAAAAAAAUAGUUUUGCUUUGUAAUUAUAGCAAUCUGUUUCUUUUAUUUAAAAUUUCAUCUUAAUAUAUUAAUAAUAAAAGAAAAAAGAAAAAAAAAUACAUUUUUAUGUGCAACAAAAAUUUUUAGUGGACAAGAUUGAAACUUGUAUAAAAUUUGUAAAUAAUUUUAGAGAUUUACAAUAAUCUAAUAUAUGUUACUUAUUCUCAGUGUUUUUUUGAAAGCACCUUAACAUUGUAUCAUUAAUGCAGAUUGUACAGUGUGCCAAAAUCAAAUAAGUCAAACACUUAGUGUAUCUUAAUCGUAGAUAAUUUUUAUUUUCUGCAUAACUCCUCAUACAGCUGUGCAACAUAAGAAAAUGAAUUAACGUUAUAUAAUUAUUGUAUAGUUCUAGUAAGUGGAAACUGAAUACGUAGAUUUUAUAGUAGACAAUGCAACAUGAUAAUCAAUUUGAACUUUUAAUUAAUAAUAACUGGGCUACUUUAUGUAGAAAAAAAUAUUUUUUAAUUUUUAAUCAUUUGUUUUUGUAAUUUUUAAUUACUUAUUUUUAUAAAACUUUUUGAAGUGUGAAAAAAAUACUUAUAUUUUGCCCACUCUAACUUUGUUCAAACUAUUUAAAGAAGAUUACUUUCCUUUGCUUUUUUUGAAUUUUGCAUUUAAAUAUAUCAUGUAACUAAAAUAAAAUAUUUUUUUACUAAAAACAUGUAGAACAGACAUAUGAUUGUUCAGGAUGAUAAAACCACAAAUACUAUAAUAUUAUAUUAUAAUAUGGAUUUCUUAUUUUGUAUAUUUUCUUUGAGGAACUGUUAAGGAGUGAGCUUGAUACUUACAGAAAUAAAAAGCAACGCGAAAUGUAAUCAUUAAACAAAUACAUUUGACCUAAGAAUUCGAGACUGCGACUGAAUUCUAACAUUCGUUUUCAGAUUACUUUCUCUAUGUGAACCAAAGGGUUUUUACAAAGUACUACACGUGCUUUAUUGUUUUCGUACAUUUUAUAUUAUUUACUAAAAAAAAAAAAAAAAAAAAAAUUAAAAUUUAAAGUGUAGUUACAUUACACGAUAAUUGUACUUAUUUAAAAACUCCUUGGUUCGCAUCAUUAUCUAAAUGCCCUCCUUAAAAUCGUUAUUUACUAGCUAUAAAAUAAAAUUGUAAACCAAAAUUAAACGUCAUUGUUUUCAA